UUUAGAGUAUCUUAUAUUUGCAAGCUUUGUUUCGAUAUCAGCAGCAUAUCUGCCAGGAGCUUCUUCGCAUUGCCCCCCUUUUGUAAGGCCGACUGAGUUUGUGACUUUCCGCCACCAAUGUUUUAGUAAAAGCAAUGCACUUGGUACCAUUUGCAUUGUUUAUUGUCAACCGGGCUACACUCAUUAUGGUAUAAGAUUCUCGCAAUGUAUGUACGGUGGUCAGUGGAGCCCUUCACGUAGCAAUGUCCCAACAGGAUGCAGACGUACCGGUACUUUCACUCAUUGCCCUCAAUUUAGCAACCCUGUUCCAUACAGCUAUUCGUGCACGAAUAACAACGUAAUAGGUUCAGUAUGUAACAUUUACUGCCCUAGUGGUCAACAAAUUAACAAUGGUGGGAUUUCCCAAACUACAUGCCAGGCAAACGGACAUUGGGUUUUGUCGCCUUCUUCCACAUAUUGUGUGCCCAGUGUUCAAUGCCCAGCCUUACCAACAAACGUGGUUUAUUCAACAUUUUGUACAAAUGGUAACAACCAAGGAUCUGUUUGUAACUUUCAAUGCCCACCAAACCAAGAUAUGUUUGGAACAAAUUAUUCAACUUGUGGAAGAAAUGGGGAAUGGUAUCCAGCUAUCAACACUCAAUGUUCAGUUCGUUGUUUACCGGGUGUGCCAGGUGGUUCGUUGUUUUGCCCCCCCUUGUGGAAACGCAAGAUGUCCGGCUUUAUCCAACGCUGUGUGCCAGGAUAAUUACUGUGGGGGUUGCAACUUUAAGUUCUUUGUUAACGGGACUGAAAAGUCACGUCAGGAAUGUAUUAUACAAGACCGAAGUUGUCCUCUCGUAAGGGAUCUUAGAUGUCCGGACACUUGUGGAGUCGCAACAUGUAAUGGUCACCCACGUGCAGUGUGUAAGAUGUGUGGCUGCAACCCAAGGUUCUAUGAUUAUAAUACCUUGCAACAAGUUACAUGCAUAGUUCAAUGCCCAGCCUUACCAACAAACGUGGUUUACACAUCAUCCUGUACAAAUGGUAACAACCGAGGAUCUGUUUGUAACUUUCAAUGCCCAUCAAACCAAGAUAUGUUUGGAACAAAUUAUUCAACUUGUGGAAGCAAUGGGGAAUGGUAUCCAGCUAUCAACACUCAAUGUUCAGUUCGUUGCCUUCCCAACCAACCCCAAGCAGCAUGUUCUGAACUCCCAUGCUCCCGCGCAAGAUGCCCCGCCCACCCGAACGCUGUGUGCCAGGAGAAUUACUGUGGGGGUUGCAACUUUAAGUUCUUUGUUAAUGGAACUGAGAUACAUCGGCAUGCUUGCUUGCCUAAUGAUUGCUUCGAUCCAGCCCCCACUCCAUACGACUCCUCACAACGUUGUUUAGAUCUUUGUCUAAUUUUGUGUGAUGGCCAUCCUAAUGCUCUAUGUCAGCCUUGUGGUUGUGAACGUAGGAUGUAUGAUCAUACAACGUUGCAGUUACUUAAUUGCUGAGAAUAUGGUCCCCUCCUAAUGUGGCGGUGAUUUAUUUUGAAUAAACUUUGAGACAUGCAUGGUAGAUGUUCCUAAUUAUUUCCUGAAAUCAAACUAUCCAGUGAAAAAUAUUUUCGACAUAGAAA